GGCAGCAAGGUGGGAUGCUUGGAGUGCCGCAGGCCUGCAGAGGAGCCCAUGGGGAUUUCCUUCCGGUUUGGCGCGCGGGCUUGGCGCGCAGGUUUGUCCUCGGGUUCCUGACCGCGAGGUCUCCCACGGAGCCCCGGGUUCUACUGCGGUGGCGGUGCCUGGUCCCGAGGCCACGUGUCGUGACCUCACGUCAAGAGGGGGAACGAGAGGCUGGUGGGGUAGCAGGUGCCUCUGUUGACUUGAUAUUAUUUCCUCUGGAUACCAUUAAAACCAGGCUGCAGAGUCCCCAAGGAUUUUAUAAGGCCGGUGGUUUUCGCGGAAUAUAUGCUGGUGUUCCUUCUGCUGCUAUUGGAUCCUUUCCUAAUGCUGCUGCAUUUUUCCUCACCUAUGAAUAUGUGAAAUGGUGUUUGUACACUGAUUCAUCUUCGUAUUUGAUGCCUGUGAAGCACAUGUUGGCUGCCUCUGCUGGAGAAGUGAUUGCCUGCCUGAUUCGAGUUCCUUCAGAAGUGGUUAAGCAGAGGGCACAGGUGUCUGCUUCCUCAAGAACAUUUCAGAUAUUCUCUGAUAUCUUAUAUGAAGAGGGCAUCCAAGGCUUGUAUCGAGGCUAUAAAAGCACAGUUUUAAGAGAGAUUCCUUUCUCUUUGGUCCAGUUUCCCUUGUGGGAAUUCUUAAAAGCCCUCUGGUCCUGGCGGCAGGAGCAUGGGGUGGAUUCUUGGCAGUCAGCGGUCUGUGGAGCUUUUGCAGGUGGCUUUGCAGCUGCAGUCACCACCCCUCUGGAUGUGGCAAAGACAAGAAUCAUGUUGGCAAAGGCUGGUUCCAGUGUAGCCGGUGGCAACGUGCUUUCUGCCCUGCGUGGGGUCUGGCGGUCACAGGGGCUGGCAGGGUUAUUUGCGGGUGUCUUCCCUCGGAUGGCCUCCAUCAGCCUGGGAGGGUUCAUCUUUCUGGGUGCCUACGACCAGACCCGCUGCCUGCUGUCGCAAGUGGGCAGAGAGGGUUCCUAGUGGACGCCAUUCGCGCACGUCCAUGAAGAAUCGGGAGCACAGAACCUGUGCUGAAGCCCAGAGCUGCCGUCACUGUGACCCUGAGGCCAUGGUACCACUGUCAGGCCUGCUGCAGUUGUCCUCAGUGUGCCACAAAGAAGAAAGUGCGUCAUGGUGGGACUCUGAACGGACCCUCAGAACCCUUAAUAAAUGCACCUGGCAGUGCCAGCGAGCUUGCGUUUCAUCUGUAUCUGAUCUUCCAUUUCCUGCCACCUGAUGGUUACAAUUUGAAAAGAAUAACAAGAUGCAGGGAGGGGUUGUGUGUGUGGGUGUUUGUCCCUGGGGUCAGUCCCUGUGGUGUAAGGUUAGGGCUCUGUUCAGAAAGCACCACCCCCACCCCUGCUCAGUCUCUCUUUCUGGUAGCCAGGGGCUGUGUCCAAUGACCCUCAGGUGGCACCUCGAACAAUACGUGAUCCUAGUAUUUUAUAGAAGUGUCUGGUGACCCUGUGGUGUGUGAGAGGCAGCGGGCAUCUGCGGCCCAGGGGCUAAAUGGGGGCACGCAGUCCCUCAGGAAGGCCAAGCCCUGCUCCAUGGCUCUGCCUCCAGGCUGAGACGGGGCCUGGGCCAGCGCUGGGGACAGCAGGGCUUCCUUUUUCUUAGUGGGGUCAUGGCCUACAGUUGCAAGCUCAUCCCUGGAAGGCAAACAGAUGAGCUGGAAAGGUCACCAUACUUGGGGAUUUUAGGGCUUGACUAACGAAGUCCAGGUGUAGAAAAAUUCAGAGAGAAAUCUUAGGAAUCUAGUAGUGUCGUGUCUGCCCUGGAGCCACAGUACAUGAUCCUGCCUUGCCUAAUUUUUCCCGUUUGGGAAAAAAUAUUAAAAGCGACUGCAUUGACCAGGGAAUCUCUGGAAAGGAAUGAACACGCCCAGCCAUACGCUCAACACUUAUAAAUGAACCUUUAUUAAAGACACAUCAAUGCCAUUUGUUAGACACUUCAAUAUUUUACAUGUUUUCAAUGUACAUUGUACCAAAAUUUCUAUAAAUAAAUAACUUUGUACAUAAAAGUAA